CAUUUCCCAAAUAAAAUGUCGAGAACCCUAGUGUGCAAACUAGAAGGCAUUUAGAGAUGAACUUCAUAUCACGGCAAGUGGGCAGUCUAUUGACUCGCCCGAGUCAGAUUAUAAACUCAGUGCUUUGUCAGAAUCAUCAAGUUCAACAAUGGAGGGGCAUUCGAGUGAAAGUGCGUUUCGGUAACUUGGAGCAAGCCUUGACGUUGAUGCAGCGUAAGAUGCAAUCGAGCGGAAUGGAACGGCUAAUAAAGCGACGGCAGACUCACCACAUCAAGAACUCGGAGAAGCGAGUGUUGGCACGCAAGAAUCUCGAGCGUAAGAUUCGUUCUCAGGACCUGGCGCGCAAGCUCAAAGCUAUCCUGGUGAAGAAAGUCAGGGGUCUAUGAGAAGAACUCUUGAAUUAAUUCAUUGAUGAACAGGUGUUUUAUAAGGUGCUGUUAGUUGCAGUCGUUUUCCAUAUCUUAUUCGUCCAAGGUUAUGCAGAUCCAUCGACUUGGCAACUUUCAUUGCCUCUGUAUUCAUUAUAAAUACUCAAUUGAGUUACUUUCUUUUACAUUUGAAUGAAUUAAUUUCUUUUUGAGA